AUGGUGGCCGCUCACACCUCCCACUCCUCAUCCUCCGGCGAGUGGAUCGCUUGCCUGGAUAAAAGACCUUUGGAACGUUCCAGUGAAGAUGUAGAUAUAAUAUUCACACGACUGAAAGAAGUGAAAGCUUUUGAGAAAUUUCAUCCAAACCUUCUCCAGCAGAUAUGUCUCUGUGGAUAUUAUGAAAAUCUGGAAAAGGGAAUCACAUUAUUCCGUCAGGGUGAUAUUGGGACGAACUGGUAUGCUGUUCUGACGGGAUCACUGGAUGUGAAGGUUUCUGAUACAAGCAACCACCAGGAUGCUGUGACAAUAUGCACUCUGGGAAUAGGAACUGCUUUUGGAGAGUCCAUUCUGGAUAACACUCCUCGCCAUGCUACCAUCGUUACCAGAGAAUAUAGUGAGCUCCUUCGAAUUGAGCAGAAGGACUUUAAAGCACUUUGGGAGAAAUAUCGACAGUAUAUGUCUGGACUUCUCACUCCUCCUUAUGGUGUUAUGGAAACCGGCUCCAACAAUGACAGAAUGCCAGAUAAGGACGGUAUGUCAGGCGGUGCUCUUUGCCAAGUUUCUAAAAAUUGUAGUAAGACACCUCUUAUUGAACCUCACAUCCCACAUCGUGCUACUAAAACCAUUACACAGGUUCCUUCAGAAAAGAUCCUCAGAGCUGGAAAGAUUUUGCGGAAUACAAUUCUGUCCCGAGCCCCUCACAUGAUAAGAGAUCGUAAAUACCAUCUGAAGACUUACAGGCAAUGCUGUGUGGGGACAGAACUAGUUGAUUGGAUGAUGCAGCAAAGUCCUUGUGUCCAUUCACGAACCCAGGCUGUUGGCAUGUGGCAAGUACUGCUGGAAGAAGGUGUUCUUAACCAUGUGGAUCAGGAACACCACUUUCAAGACAAAUACUUAUUUUAUCGAUUUUUGGACGAUGAGCGUGAAGAUGCCCCUCUGCCAACUGAGGAAGAGAAAAAGGAGUGUGAUGAGGAGCUACAGGACACUAUGCUGCUUCUGUCUCAGAUUGGACCAGAUGCUCAUAUGAGGAUGAUUCUCAGAAAACCGCCUGGCCAGAGAACUGUAGAUGACUUAGAAAUUAUAUAUGAAGAACUUCUUCACAUUAAGGCCUUAUCUCAUCUUUCUACCACAGUAAAACGAGAAUUAGCAGGUGUCCUCAUUUUUGAGUCACAUCCCAAAGCAGGAACGGUCUUAUUUAAUCAGGGAGAAGAAGGUACUUCUUGGUACAUUAUCCUAAAGGGAUCAGUAAACGUAGUCAUUUAUGGCAAGGGUGUGGUAUGUACUCUACAUGAAGGAGAUGAUUUUGGCAAGUUAGCACUUGUGAAUGAUGCUCCCAGAGCAGCAUCCAUUGUUUUGCGUGAAGACAACUGCCACUUCUUGAGAGUAGACAAGGAGGACUUCAACAGGAUCCUUAGGGAUGUGGAAGCAAAUACAGUAAGACUCAAAGAACAUGACCAAGAUGUCUUGGUGUUGGAGAAGAUCCCAGCAGGAAACAGAGUUUCUAAUCAAGGAAAUUCACAGCCUCAGCACAAGUAUAUUGUGAUGUCAGGAACCCCAGAGAAAAUUUUAGAGCACUUUCUAGAAACUAUGCGCCCUGAAGCAACUUUAAAUGAAGCAACAGAUUCUGUUUUAAAUGAUUUUAUUAUGAUGCACUGUGUUUUUAUGCCAAAUAGUCAGCUCUGCCCAGCCUUGAUGGCACACUAUCAUGCCCAGCCUUCCCAGGGUACAGAGCAGGAGAAAAUGGAUUAUGCCCUCAACAAUAAAAGGCGAGUCAUUCGACUGGUUCUGCAGUGGGCUGCUUUAUAUGGAGAUUUACUACAAGAAGAUGAAGCAGCAAUGGCCUUUUUGGAGGAAUUUUAUGUAUCUGUAUCAGAUGAUACUAGAAUGAUUGCAGCACUAAAGGAACAACUUCCGGAGCUAGAGAAAAUUGUAAAGCAAGUUUCUGAAGAACCUAAAGCACCACAAAAGAAGCACAAAGUUCUUCUGCAGUUGUUCAACACAAGUGAUGACAGAGCACAGAAACGCCAGCCUAUCAGGGGCAGCGACGAAGUUCUGUUUAAGGUGUACUGCAUAGACCAAACCUAUACCACUAUCCGGGUGCCAGUGUCUUCCUCUGUGAAGGAAGUGAUCAGCGCAGUAGCAGAUAAGCUGGGUUCUGGAGAAGGCCUCAUCAUAGUAAAGAUGAGUUCAGGAGGAGAAAAGGUUGUGCUCAAACCUCAUGAUGUUUCAGUGUUUACAACUCUCAGUGUAAAUGGACGGCUGUUUGCUUGCCCACGUGAUCAGUUCGAUUCAUUGGCACCAUUACCAGAACAAGAAGGACCAUCUACUGGUACAGUGGGAACGUUCGAACUGAUGAGCUCCAAAGACUUAGCACAUCAGAUGACAAUUUAUGACUGGGAGCUCUUCAACUGUGUGCAUGAGCUGGAAUUGAUCUAUCACACUUUUGGAAGGCACAAUUUUAAAAAGACCACAGCAAAUCUGGACUUGUUUUUAAGAAGAUUUAAUGAAAUUCAGUUCUGGGUGGUCACUGAGAUUUGCCUUUGCUCUCAACUCAGCAAGCGUGUUCAGCUGUUAAAGAAGUAUAUUAAGAUAGCAGCCCACUGUAAAGAAUACAAAAAUCUGAAUUCCUUUUUCGCUAUUAUUAUGGGACUGAGUAAUGUUGCUGUGAGCCGUCUCUCAUUAACAUGGGAGAAACUUCCAAGCAAGUUCAAGAAGAUCUAUGCAGAGUUUGAAAGCUUAAUGGAUCCAUCAAGAAACCAUAGGGCCUACAGACUAACUGUAGCUAAAUUGGACCCUCCAAUAAUUCCUUUCAUGCCACUACUUAUAAAAGACAUGACGUUUACUCACGAGGGAAACAAGACAUUCACUGACAAUCUAGUAAACUUCGAAAAAAUGCGCAUGAUUGCCAACACUGUCAGGACGGUGAAAUUCUGCCGAAGCCAAUCUUUCAAUCCCGACGCAGCCCUAACUAAUAAGAACCAUCAGGAUGUUCGGAGCUAUGUGCGGCAAUUAAAUGUGAUUGACAACCAGAGAACUUUAUCACACAUGUCUCACCGACUGGAACCGCGUCGAGCAUAA